AUUUAAUAUAUAUACCGCCCUUCGUCAUAGGAUCACACGGCGGUUUACACAGAGAACAAAACAAUACUUUUAAAAAGCUAGUCUAGAGGUUUCCUAUCUCUACGAGCUCCUGCGCCUCACCUCUUCCUUCUUCCGGUCUCCUUUCCUAUCUCUAUGAGCUCCUGCUUCUGGCCUUCUCUUCCUCCUUCCGGUCUCCGCUGAGCUGGUCCGUCGCGCUUUAACGUCCGGCUUCGCGGUCCUCCCAGAAAAGGCCGGCGAUGGCGGAUCCUCCGAGCCCGGAGAAGAGGCGCCUUUGGGGGCGGCUCCGCACCGGCCGCAUAGGUAAGGCGGACGGGCGAGCGGGUGGCUGGAGGGGAGGCCCGGGCUCGAGCUCUGAGCGCCGCCCGCUUCCUCAGACCUCACCCCGAGGGACGGGCGGGGAGAGAGGGAGAGGUUCGCCGCCGCCGCCCUGCAUGCUUCCCUGGGAGGAGGAGGAGGUGGCGCGUGCCCCUCUGGGCGCGCUUUGCCUCGGCCCGGGGCCGCCGCCUUUUCCUUCCUUCCGGCGCGGAGCUCACGCAGCUGCAGGUUCCUCUUAACCAGAGUCAGGUUUAUGGAAUUCUCUCCCACAGGCCUUAAAAGAGGAUUAGAGACAAGCAAGGAGCAGCGCCGAAUUAAAGGGGGUGCGGAUUGUUGUCCCGCACAGAGCGCUGAGACGAGGGCAGGGCUGGAUUUACGUAUAAGCUAAACAAGCUAUAGCUUAGGGCCCCAAAAAAAUUUAAAGUAAAAAAAACCGGAUGUACAUUUCCAAAAUAUAAGAUAAAAAACAAAAUAAAACCUACAUACAACAACAGUGUUUUGUGUUGUGUAGGCUCCUAUGAUGUAAAUAAUGGGCCCCACCUGCUAGCCUGCUCCCUAAAAUAUCACUGGUUUGCUCAUUUCUAUAUAUAGGGUGCCUACAUUCUGCAUGGACUGGUUGCAUGGCAACAUGUGCAAAUGGCUUUAGAUACCUAUUGGGUCCAUAAAUUACCAUAUAGCAUAUAUGUAACACAAAAACAGCGACAAUUUGUUGUUGACAAAGGACAGCUGGACAUAUAAAGGGCCCCAUUCAGUACCUUCAGUAGCUUAGGGCCUCAUCAAACCUAAAUCCGGCCCUGGACGAGGCGGACACAAAAUGACCACAAUAAUAAUCCCUGUAAUCAUAAUAAAACCUAUACUGUGGUACCUCUGGUUACAUACGCUUCAGGUUACAGACUCCGCUAACCCAGAAAUAGUACCUCAGGUUAAGAACUUUGCUUCAGGAUGAGAAAUCGUGCUCUGGCGGCGCAGCAGCAGGAGGAGGCUACAUUAGCUAAAGUGGUGCUUCAGGUUAAGAACAGUUUCAGGUUAAGUACGGACCUCCGUAACGAAUUAAGUACUUAACCCGAGGUACCACUGUAUUCAUAUAGGUACCAAUUCUUUCUUUUUUUUUUAUAAAAUAUUUAUUGAAAUUUUCAAAGUGUUACAACAUAAAAUAAAAGCAGAAAAAAAUAAAAAAUAAAAAUAGUUAACAAAGUAGAAAAAGAAAAAACAAACAAACCCCUUCCAACUAUAGAAAUACAAAUUCAAAAAUAAGAAAAAAAGACAGAGGGGAAAAAACAAAAAUACAAUUUAAGAACAUUUAAAAACAAAUUCAUUAUUCUCGAAUCCUCAACUGUCAUUACCUUCUUUCUUUGACCUCCUCCUCCUCCCUUUCUUUGUAUCCUAGUUAUUAAUUAUCCCAGCAAAUCCUUUCCAUAUUUCAUAAUAUUCUGUCAUUACAUUACCCUAAACAGUUUUAAUCUUAUCUUUCUAUAAGAAAAUAAACCUUAAAGCUUAAAAGUUAAAUCUUAUCCUUGCCAACUUCUCAUAACCAUAAUAUUCUUUCAUAAUUCUUUAAACAUCUUUACUAAAGCCGAGUAAUUUCAUUCCAACAUUUUUCUGACAUUCAUCAAUUUUAUAAAACAGUUCUAAUGGUAGAAAAAAGAAAUACAAACAGAUCCAAUCUUCAUCCAAUGUCCCUUCCUCCUGGUUCCGGGUUUUGUCAGUCCUUAUUAUCCCAUCAAUCUGGCCCAUUAACCUGGCAACCUUAUAUCCCAGGCCCUCAAGUCUCUUCCAUGUCCCUUUCGCAGCUCUUCUUCAUAUUUGUAACUGUAUUUUCCCUUGUCUCCUGCUCGUGGUAACUCCAGCUUGGCAAUAUUUUUAACCCUUCUCGACAGAUCAGCCCCUUUUCCAUAUUCAGCACUGAAUUCCAUAUGGUAUUUAAAAGCAUGUUUCAAAGACCCUCCAAAAUUAAGAGCCCCCACAAUCCCAAACAUCUCACGGCCCAUUGCCAGAUUUGAAAAGUCCAAACAUCCCAGCAUAGGGGGGUCAAUCCAGCCCCCCAUUUCCAAGCCAAAACCAAACUUUUUCUUUCCAAAUCUGACUUUUUCCAAGUUCAUUUGUCAAAUCCGAAAAAUAUUCCUGUUGGGCCUGUUCUGUCAGGACACACUCCUGAUUUAAUUCCUGGGUGGGCUCCACAUAUUUUCCCACUGUCUGUUCAAAAUUUCCCACUGCCUGUUCAAAAUUUCUAGUCGAAGUCGUCAUCAAAUUCACCUUCUCAUGUAACUGUUCCAGUAGGACAUUUGUUUUGUAGAAAGCACACAACAAAGCUUCUGAAUACAUUGUCCUGCAAGGUCAAAUGCCUUUUCCCACGAUUGUAAUCUGUAAACAGCUGCUGGCUCCCUGGAGUUGGUUACAGUUUCACAGUCUCCUUCUAGGGGGAAAACUUCUAUUUGAUCUUGCAACAAAGUUUCCCUUUUUGAAAUACUUUGUCAAUAUUUGUUCCUUUGAAAUGCGAAGGGAAACAGUGGAAUCACUAUGUUUCUCUUCUUUUAGCUAUCUGUCAAAAACGUUUGUCUCUGGUCAAUGAACUUCAAACGUCAGUCCUGACACCCCGCUCCAGGAUCAGGACGGAGGAAAGUUGCUUUACUUUAAACUCACUUUAAACAGUCCAAAAAGAUCCCCUUCUUCUCCUGCUGUCGAAGGGGGGUUCCACAAUUUUAAAUGAUGAAAUCCAAUCCUUUAAAAGCGAUUUUCUGAGCUCUAGUUUACGUUGUCUUUGCUUUAUUCUGUCUACAGAAGAACGGAAGGCUGACUUCCUGUUUAGACCUUCCCGUUCCGUACCAAAUUGAAAUAGAUUUUUAAGAUCCAAUUCCUUUCUGCUCGCAAGUCCCCAUCUAAUGUCCAGUUGUUCAAAGUCUAAGUACUCACGGGUGCUUAUUUUAGAGUCCAAAUUGUCCCAGGAAAAAGGCAGCGCUCUCCGGCAACGGCUAUGCGGCUUCGCUCCACGGAAAUAACAGUUGACUCACAGCACCGCGCCACUUCCCCCUCUUCACUUCGGAGCCCGUUAGUGGGUUCCUUAGCGAAUUGGGGGGGCGCUAAAGGUGCCCGCCGAGUCCCAUGGUCACAGGCUUCAUCCGCCUGUGAUUUUUGAAAGGGUCCCCGCUUCGCCGUAGCGGAGAAGACCCGUUUCCCACGGAGCUAGUCCCUCCAGUUCAGAGGGAGUCCGCCAUUGCCGAUGGCGCCACCCCGGAAGUCCAUAUAGGUACCAAUUCAAAGUCAUGAAGGGUGCCAAAUUUUGGCCUGGUUCAUGGUGCACUAUAUGACCUGCAUGGCAUCAGUGCUCAGGAGGUUUGCGCUUGUUGCUGAUCGGCUGGCGGGCCAGGUUCAAGGUGUUGCAUAUAAAAUCCAUAACAAAUUGGGGCCGCUUUACCCGCGAGUUUGCCUUACCCCACAGGUGUCCACUCUGCAUUUCAGUCAGCAGAACUGGCACUCCUUCAAGGUGCCACGUAAUGCAUGUUCUGCAUUCGUAAGAACAUGGUUGUUCAUGUGGCAGCACCUGGGCUUUGGAACUCCCUGCCUAUUGGGAUCACUGUACUCUCUUAUUACAGUGGUAUCUUGGGUUAAGAACUUUGCUUCAGGAUGAGAACAGAAAUCGUGCUCUGGCGGCGUGGCAGCAGCAGGAGGCCCCAUUAGUUAAAGUGGUACCUCAGGUUAAGAACAGUUUCAGGUUAAGAACGGACUUCCGGAACAAAUUAAGUACUUAACCCGAGGUACCACUUUGCUGGUUAUGGAUGGCAUCAGAACAGUGGUACCUCUGGUUAAGUACUUAAUUCGUUCCGGAGGUCCGUUCUUAACCUGAAACUGUUCUUAAUCUGAGGUACCACUUUAGCUAAUGGGGUUUCCCGCUGCUGCCGUGCUGCAGCGGUGCAAUUUCUGUUCUCAUCCUGAAGCAAAGUUCCUAACCCGAGGUACUAUUUCUGGGUUAGCGGAGUCUGUAACCUGAAGCGCCUGUAACCCGAGGUACCACUGUACUUCCAUUUUUGCAUGUUUUAAAGUAGGGCUGUGAAUUUGUCUCAAUUUUACUGUUUUGUGUUUUCACAAAGUAAGGGUAAUAAACCUUACGAAAUAAAUACAUAAAUAAAACAACCACAAGGCUAUCAGCCAAGGCUACUAGCCAUGCCCAUGCAGAGUGUCUCAGAGGCCUGGAGUUUGAGCCCUGAGUCAGCUGGGAGGCAUGGGGUGUUCUUGCCAUGACAGCAUGAGACCAGCAGGCCCCUGAGGGGCUCCUCUGGCCAGCUUAGCCCACCGAGUCCCAAGGCAAGUGCACCUGAUUGCCCCCCCCCCCCCCCGCGUAGGCCAGGUACUAGCAAUGAUGGCUGUGCUGUACCUCCACAGCUGGAAACCUUGGCAUGGGGAUAGUGGUUCUUGUUCUCAAAUCCUAGUCACUGGUUUCCCACAAGAGGCAUCUGGUUUAGCCACUGUGAGAACAGGAUGCAGGACUAGUUGAGCAAGCCAUUGGCCUGAUCCAGCAGGCUCUUCGUCUGUUCUUACCAUCCCUAUUUUCUUCUUUCCCGCCUCUCCCCCCCGUCCACAGCUUUGUGGUGCAAGAGCCUCCUGCACGACUAUGCCGAAGCCUGCAAAGAGGUUGUUCUGGGUGUCAGGCAGCGGCCGGGGAAAGCUGGGCUCUACGUCUCACUGCUGGCCGGAGCAGUGGGCUGCAGCCUCCGCAGCCCCUGUGAGUCUUCCUUUGAAGCCAGCCUCCUGGAAGCCUCGGGCACCCUCCUCCUGCUCUCGCCCUGGACCCGCAGCAGCAGCUCGCAAGGGCACGUCCAGCGGCUGACGAAGCUGAGGAACCGGGGCCAGCUGCGCUUCCAGAGCCUGCUCUUCUUCUCCCUCGUCUACGAGGCUCCUUUUGACGCGGGAGCAGAUCUCUACCAGGCGCACUGCAAGUACCUGAAGCCACGCUGGAUGGAGGUUCCCAGCCAAGUCCUGGAUGUGGGCUUCUGGGGGCGCUGGUGGGUUCUGCACUCCAAAAUGCGGGAUCCGGACAUUAACGAGGAGGAGUUCCAACACCUGCCAGAGCAUCUCAGGACAAUUUCUUUCCAUAACCUCCAUUCGGAUGCCAACGAGAAACUUUUUGAUGAGAAAUACAAGCCUGUUGUCCUGACAGAGGAGCAGAUCCAGCAAACAGAAAGAGAGAGUCAGGGAAAUUGACAUCAUUGAUGUGCCUUGGUGGCUGUAGUUUAUCAUCUCCCUUUGGAGAGGGUGGAACAAAGAAAAAGAUCCGUUAGGAACAUGGUCUGUUUUCUUCUAGGAUCCUGAUUUUCACUUUAUUGUUCAUGUAGACUCAGCCAGGUAUGGUGAAUAAAUGAGUAAAAAGAAGAAGCACCCCUUGUCUUGAAAUUUUCUUUGAUUCCCUCUCCCUUUCAGUUCUUCACAUUUAAUUUCUCAGGAGCUGUACCUCCGCAGGAGCUCUGUCCAAAACUUAUUCUGAAGAUGUAUAGUAGUACCUCGGGUUAAGUACUUAAUUCGUUCCGGAGGUCCGUACUUAACCUGAAACUGUUCUUAACCUGAAGCACCACUUUAGCUAAUGGUGCCUCCUGUGGCUGCCGCGCCGCCAAAGCACGAUUUCUGUUCUCAUCCUGAAGCAAAUUUUUUAACCUGAAGCACUAUUUCUGGGUUAGCGGAGUCUGUAACCUGAAGCAUAUGCAACCCAAGGUAUAGGGUUUGUUAUUCUUUUGACUUUUCCCCAAGCCUCCCCUUUUCCUAUAGUAUAUGUGCUUGAAUAAGUAUUUUGUAAUACUGUUAGUGAGAAGCUGGGAGAUCUUCAGUUAUUACAGUGCUGCCUAGUUUAAUAUUUUGUGGAAAUCUUCCACCUGAGGUGAAAAAUAGCUCAUAGCAUCUUCCCAUGUGUGUCUGUGCAGAAGUAAGCCCCGUCGAGACGAGUGCCGCAACCCCAGAGUCAUCUGCGACUGGACCUAACGGUCAGGGGUCCCUUUACCUUUACCUUUGUAUAGGGUUACAGUUUUCCAUUUUGCUGUUGGGUUUUGGGGGCGGAGGGUCAAACGGAAAACUUACCAGAAGCAGAAUGGGAGAACCCCCAGUCACCUUGCCCUUUGCUUUCUCUGACUUUUAAAUGCUUUCUUCUUUUUUACAAGCUACAGUGGUGCCAUUAGCACAGCCCUGGAACAUGCCAAUUUAUGUCCAGUGUGUUCCACUACUAGUCAGAUGUGUUAGGAUGGUUUUUUAAAUUUGUGUUCAUCUUUGCAUUCUCAUGAGCUCCUGUAAGCAGGGCAGUCCAUUGACAGCAGCAAAGAACAAAAGAGGUGGUGCAAUUGCAUUAUUAAGUGCAGUGGAGAGAAACGUCUUAGAAUGCAGGAAUCUCAGCUAAAGUAUCCAUGACAGAUGGUUAUCCAACCUCUGCUUAGAAACCUCCAAGGAAGGAGAGUCUGCCACCUCUCAUGGGAGUCUUGAAAAGGUUCGAAUUGGAGUGGCUGUUUGGUUCCAUUCACCAGACAGCAGCGAACAGGGAGUGGGAAGAAAGAGGCAGUAAUUACAGGAUUUUGUCACCAGGUGGCAGAAGCACAGUGGCAGGCAAGGGAGUAGGGAAUUUAAAGCAAGGCUUGGUUGUCAAGGGGGAUCCAAACUCUCCAUUGUUUAAUAAAAGCAACAAUAAAAAGGCCUUUUCCUCUUCU